GCGAAAGGGAGUCUGAUUUUCUCUGCUUACUUGAGGAAGAGGCAAUCCAAUCCGUAGAGGAAGGAUCACAAGAAAGCAUAACGUUUCGUGUUGGAAUCAGCAAGGGAAAAACCCUAGCAAGUUUCUCGCUUGAUCAUCAACCCCCCCACCCCCCCCCCAAAAGAAAAAAAAAAUAAACUUUUGUUUUUUUCCACAUAUAUUGCCUGUUUUCUUGAUCUGUGUUACGUGCAGUGCUCAAAGGUGGUUGCUUUUUCCAUCAAACUCUGUCCUGAUAUUGACCCUUUUGGUUUUUCUUCGUUCCAAUUCGUCAAUCAGUCUAUCAGUUGCUUCCUGACCCGGUUCUCCAAUCCACUUCUUGUUUCGUGUUUGUUUGCAGAUAGUGCUGCCAUGGCGAAAAGCUCGUUCAAGCUCGAUCACCCACUCGAAAGGAGGCUGGCGGAAUCUGCAAGGAUCCGAGAGAAGUACCCAGACAGAAUUCCUGUCAUCGUGGAGAAGGCUGAAAGGACUGACAUCCCUGACAUUGACAAGAAGAAGUACCUUGUGCCAGGGGAUUUGACUGCAGGGCAGUUUGUCUAUGUUGUUCGGAAGAGGAUCAAGCUAAGUGCCGAAAAAGCCAUAUUUGUCUUUGUAAAGAACACUCUGCCUCCCACUGCUGCUUUGAUGUCUGCAAUUUACGAGGAACACAAGGACGAGGAUGGAUUUCUUUACAUGACUUACAGUGGAGAGAACACCUUUGGUUCGACCUUGAUCAUAUCUUAGAGAGAAUUUAUGUAUAGGUUCCUACUCUGGAAGGUGUACAUUCUCAAGUCAUUCGGCUUCUCCUUAGGCAUCCGGAUCUAGCUAACUAUUUUUAGCAUUAUCAUCGUCAUUUUGGAGUCCCAGUCCCCUGGAAUGUUGAUCUUAAUUGGUCGUUUGAUUGAAGUUUAGCUCAAUAAUCAAUGCCAUGUCCUGGGUCAUUCCCGUGAGUUUCCA